GAUGCGGCUUUUGGGUUGUGCGUUUCGCUUGUGUGUGCUUGUAGUGAUUGGGCUCUGUGUGGUUAUGCGGGGAGCGUACGGUUGGUGUUUGGUUAUGCGGCUGAGAAGCGGGUGGCUGUCUCCCGAAUGCUUGUGUUCAGUUCUCUGGUUGUGUGAGGUUGAAGCGUUCGUGCUCAGAGUUUGUGUGGGGUUGUUUGUAGUGUUUGUGUUGUGUCUGCGGCGUGUGGAGUUGUCAUGUCUGUGCUCCAUGGGGGUUGGGUUUUUCCAACAGUCUGUGGUUAUACGACGUGUGCGUAAUCGUGAUGUGUUAUGUGGGCCAGUGCUGUAUGCGGUCUUGAGGCUGUGGUGAGCGCGGCUGCGGGAGGUGUAGUCUGUGAGGCAUGUGGUAGGAUAGCAUUCAAGUAGGACGCGUAGUUGUAGGAUAUGUGGAUUUUAUUUUUAUUUCUUGUGCGAUUUGGGGUUUUGGAGCUUGCAUAUGUAUUCAGUUAUGGUUGUGGGGUCCAGUUUGGUGGUGUGUGUUUGGCUAUAUGAUUUUGGGGUUCCUUCAUUCAUUCACGGGCUUACUGCGUUUUGACUAUGUGUGUGCCAGGCACUGUGCCAAACCCUGGAGAUAUGAUGGUUGGGAAAACAGACGUAGUUUCUGCCCUCAUAGAGCUUACAGUCUUGUGUAUUUAGUCACUUUACAUACGUACGUGUGAUUAUAAAUUGAGAUGAGUGUUGUGAAGAAGUACAGGUGCUAUCAGAUGGAGGGUGUGCCUCCAGUCAGAGAAGGCUUCCUUGAGGAAGUGGGGUUUGGGCUGGGAUGUGAAGGGUGAGUCUGAGGGAGCCUGUGGGGGCGGUGGUGGUUAGUAUUUGAUUUGUGGUGGUUAUGGGUGAGUGCAGGGGAAGGAAGUGGGCUCUCAGAGUCAGAAUGUCAGAUGAACCAUUGUCUGGAGAGAGAACAGAUCAGACCUGGGGCUACAGUUUCCGUGACCAUCUAGAAAAGGAGCUGGGAAUUGCGUGUGUGUAGUCGUUAAGCUGGUUGUUGUUUGUUGUUAGCUGCCAUGGAGGUGGCCCCUGACUCAUGGCAACCACUUGCACAACAGAAGGAACUGCUGCCUGGUCCUGUGCCAUCCCCAUGAUCAGCUGUGGGCUGGACUGUUGUGAUCCACUGGGUUUUCAUUGGCUUAUUUUUGGAAUCAGGUCAGGCCUUUUCUCCUAGUCCAUCUUAGUCUGGAAGCACCCCUGAAACCCAUUUAGCAUCAUAACAUGCAAGGCUCCGCUGACAGAUGGGUGGUGGCUGCACGUGGGGUACAUCAGCCGGGAAUCAGAUCCGGGCCUCCUGCAUGGAAGGCGAGAAUUCUACCACUGAACCCCAGUAUUUCUUAGCUAGAGGAAAAAAACUGGGACCUGGGGUCUCCAGUUGAUUAGUUUCUGGGUCACUGCCACUCUCCAGGUUUGGGGCCAAGAAAGUCCCUCUUCAAUGGCCCUCUGAACAAGUUCAUCCAGAGCUGAGGGUCACAGCUAGGUGUGGCUAGAGUUCCCCUGAGGAGAAAUUUCUGCUUUCGUGGAAUGUUUUUAUCUGGAUUCUUCCUAUGGCUGGGAGUCUUUCUUAGGCGACCUUGGAAGUGACUUUGCCAUGACCCAAUGAGCCAGAAAAUGUAACUUAUUAAGUCCUGAAAUCCUUUUGUUUUUGAAGCAGUGAGAACAUUGGGCCUGCUGUUCAACUGCCACUAACUGAUUUAUAAAACCUAGUAAGCUCAUUGGUGAGACAGUGCUCUAUAAAUAUAAAACGCAAAACAGAUUGUUCUUUUCAUUACACUAGGUUUUGUAAUGCUCCUGCUUUGACUGAGAUGGUUUUUUGUGUGUGUGUGUGUGUUUGGUUUGUUUUGGUCUGGUUUUUUGUUUGUUUUUUAGGGCAGGCACUCUGUCUUUUUCGUCUUUGCAUUCCUGGCUCAGAUGCUUUGCAGGUAGCAAAAACCCAAUAUAUGCAGUUGAAUAAAUGAUCCAGGUAAAGAGAGUCAAAUAAAAACUACUACUUGGUGAUGAAUACUUCAGAAAUUUCUUCAGCGGCCACGGUGGCAUCAGAUUAUGAAGUUGGACCAUUUGGAAUAAUGUGAAAAGAAUUGCCUUGGUGUUGUGUUUGCUUUUGAAGUUGAAUUUUCCUUUCUGGUCCUCAAGACUCUCUUCUUCCUGCUUCAGGCUCUUACUACUCCAGAGAGGAAACCUCAUCCAGGGCCGCGAUGCCACUUUCCCGUCAUCAGUGUGCUGUUUCGUUAAGCUAAUGCUGCAGGAGCCCUGGCCCCUUGUGGAGGAAUCAAGCUGACUUUUGGCAUGAGGCUGGUGCCUUGUGGGGGUUGAGAGGGCACUGCCAUGGCUUCCCUGGAUGACCCAGGGGACGUGAGGGAGGGUUUCCUCUGCCCUCUGUGCCUGAAGGACCUGCAAUCUUUCUAUCAGCUUCAGGCACAUUACGAGGAAGAGCAUUCAGGAGAAGAUCGUGACGUCAGAGGACAAAUUAAAAGUCUUGUCCAGAAGGCCAAGAAAGCAAAGAACAGGUUGUUAAAACGAGAAGGAGAUGACCGAGCAGAGUCAGGGACUCAAGGAUAUGAGUCUUUCAGCUAUGGAGGGGUUGAUCCUUACAUGUGGGAGCCCCAGGAACUUGGUGCUAUGAGAAGCCAUCUUUCCGAUUUCAAAAAGCACCGAGCUGCCAGAAUUGACCACUAUGUUGUCGAAGUCAAUAAGUUAAUAAUCAGGUUAGAGAAGCUUACUGCGUUUGACAGAACGAAUGCUGAAUCUGCUAAGAUUCGAGCAAUAGAAAAGUCAGUGGUGCCUUGGGUCAACGACCAGGAUGUCCCUUUCUGUCCAGACUGUGGAAAUAAGUUCACCCUCCGUAACCGCCGCCACCACUGCCGCCUCUGCGGGUCUAUUAUGUGCAAGAAGUGCAUGGAGUUCGUCAACCUUCCCUUGGCAAACAAGCUCACCAGUGCCAGCAAGGACUCCCUGAGCACCCACACUAGCCCCAGCCAGUCACCUACCAGUGUCCACGGCUCCCGGCGGGGCAGCGUCAGCAGCAUGAGCAGCGUGAGCUCGGUGCUGGAUGAGAAGGAUGACGACCGCAUCCGCUGCUGCACGCACUGCAAGGACACGCUGCUCAAGAGAGAGCAGCAGAUCGACGAGAAGGAGCACACGCCAGACAUCGUGAAGCUCUACGAGAAACUACGACUUUACAUGGAGAAAGUUGACCGGAAAGCUCCUGAAUACAUCAGGAUGGCCGCAGCAUUAAAUGCUGGGGAGACAACCUACAGUCUGGAACAUGCCAAUGACCUUCGCGUGGAAGUGCAGAAAGCGUAUGAGCUAAUAGACGCCUUAAGUAAGAAGAUCUUAACCUUAGGCUUGAACCAGGACCCUCCAGCACAUCCAAACACUUUGCGGCUACAGCGGAUGGUCAGAUACUCAGCUACACUUUUUGUACAGGAAAAGUUGCUUGGCUUGAUGUCACUGCCAACCAAAGAACAAUUUGAAGAACUGAAAAAGAAAAGGAAGCAGGAAAUGGAGAAGAAAAGGAUUCUGGAGAGACAAGCUGCCCUAGAAUCCCAGCGAAGGUUGGUGGAAAGGCACGGUGACCUGGCGUCACGGACAACCAAUGGGGAGGUGGCGUCUCUUCAUAGGGGCCCUGCCCCCUUGCGGAAGGCUGAGGGCUGGCUCCCGCUCUCAGGAGGCCAGGGCCAUGGUGAAGACUCGGACCCCCUUCUGCAGCAGAUUCACAACAUCACAUCGUUCAUCAGGCAGGCCAAGGCCGCAGGCCGGACCGACGAAAUGCGCACGCUGCAGGAGAACCUGCGGCAGCUGCAGGAUGAGUAUGACCAGCAGCAGACAGAGAAGGCCAUUGAGCUGUCCCGAAGGCAGGCUGAGGAGGAGGACCUGCAACGGGAACAGCUGCAGAUGCUCCAGGAACGGGAGUGGGAACGAGAAAGGGAGCAGUUCCAGGCAACGUCCCUGCACACACGGACACAGUUCCUAGACAUCCAGGAAGUCAGGCCUUUUCAGCUGGAGCCUGGCAGAGAGCCUCACACCCACCCUACUUAUGCUCUGGACCCAGGCUCUCCCCUAGUUAAAAGCAGUGUAGCUCCCAAGACGUCUUCACCCUGCUCAGCUGGAGAACCCAUCAGGAUGUGCUCUGGGCCCCCAGCCCUCAGCCAGGAGUUCUUCCUCCGGAGCACCAUGUCACAGCAAAAUGAGGUGCCUGCCCUAAACCCCUUUGAUGAGGAAGAUCUCUCCAGCCCGGCAGAGGAGGGCACUGGCAGCUCUCCUGCUACAGAGGUUUCCUUCGGCCCUUCAGCCCGGAUCCCAAAAGAGUACAAUCCUUUUGAGGAAGAGGAGGAGGAGGAGGAGGCAGUGGCGGGGAAUCCCUUCACUACCCCGGAUGGCCCAGUGCCCAACCCCUUCGAUGAGGAAGGUGAACAUCACUCCCAGAGGCCUUCAAGCCCUCCUGUUCCCGGCAACCCCUUCGAGGAGCCCGCCUCUACCAAUCCGUUUGAGAUGGACAGUGACAGUGGGCCAGAGGGUGAGGAGCCCAUCGAGGAGGAGCUGCUCCUCCAGCAGAUUGACAACAUCAAGGCGUACAUCUUCGACGCCAAGCAGUGCGGCCGCCUGGAUGAGGUGGAGGUGCUGACGGAGAACCUGCGGGAGCUGAAGCGCACUCUGGCCAAGCAGAAGGGGGGCACUGACUGACUGGGGGCUGGUGAGGUUGACGGGGAAGGAGGCAGGGUGAGAAGUAAGAUGCCCACAGGUUAGCAGAGGGGAUCUGCUCUUUUGUGCUAUGCACUUUGAGGUAUUUCCACUACAGUUGAAUAAUGGCAACUAUAACAGGAAAAAUGAGCAUUUGUCUGCCACUUUUCCAGUUUUUUUCUUUUUUUUAAUUGGAAGUUUCCCCUUUAGAAGGGACUUCACAAUUUUCACUCCUGAAAUAUAACUAAAUGCAGCUCUGUUGAGCCCAGGGUAGAAAUGGUUGCCAUGCACCUCCUGGGCCUAUUUGUUACUGCCUGGUCUUUGGUCAUUAUGCAGUGUUACAGGGCAACCUUGUAUUGGGCCCUUCCUUUAGCCAAGGUGGACAAGAUGGACUUCUUUAAACUAUUCUGCUCUGGUGGAAGUCUGUCCCCAUUAGGUUGUGGGUUCCCUCUCACCGGGGGCUUUCUCUGCCAUGCUUGGUACAUCCUGCUUGUACAAUGGAAAGAGGGAGGUGUUACUGUAAAAGGAAUAGUUUAGAUCACAGAGAGCCCAGCUCCUCUUUUUAAGAGGGAGAUGGAGAUGAGAGGGUCUGUUUCUCUGUCCGUGUUAAGUUCUUGGUUGUCUCUCUUUGGAAGUUAAAGUCCCAUUGCAAGGGUUGUCAUUGUGAGUCUGAUCAUGAGCUUUUUAGGAAACAGGAGUGGUUAACAUUUUGGUCAAAAGAGGAGGGAAGAGUCUCUGAUAGGACUGAAUGACAGAGAAUGAUUGUCUUUCCUCUGAGAAAUCUCCCUCAGAGCUUUGGCAAAAUCACUUGAUCCAGGCCUCUUUAAAAGGCCCAGUCUAUAAUUUAGGAAUUGGUGAUCAGGAAACUUUUGUGGAGCAUUGUCAGGGGGAGGGGAAGCUUCCUUGAGUCAGAAGAUAAAAUGAUUUUCAGGGGCAAGUUGGUCAGCCUUCUUCCCUUGUGGUUCAUCCUCUCCUGACCUGGGGCACUGGUGGGAUAGUUUCUUAACAACAUUUAGUAUUUGUUUUUAGAUGCUGUCAAGUAGGUUCUGACUCAUAGUGACCCUAUGUACAACAGAACGAAACACUGCCCAGUCCUGCACUACCUUCACAAUCAUUGCUGCGUUUGAGCCCAUUAUUGCGGCCACUGUGUCAGACCGUCUCGUCAAGGGUCUUCCUCUUUUUCGCUGACCCUCACUCUACCGAGCAUGAUGUCCUUCUCCAGGCACUGGUCCCUCCUGAUAACAUGCCCAAAGUAUGUGAGACAGAGUCUUGCCAUCCUCGUGUCUAAGAAACAUUCUGGCUGUACUUCUUCUAGACAGAUUUAUUCGUUUUUCUGGCAGCCCAUGGUAUAUUCAGUAUUCUUCACCAAACACAAUUCGAAGCCGUCAAUUCUUCAGUCUUCCUUAUUCAUUGACCAGCUUUCAAGUGCAUAUGAGGCAAUUGAAAGUACCAUGGCUUGGGUCAGGUGCACCUUAGUCCUCAAAGUGACAUCUUUGCUUUUUACCACUUUAAAGAGGUCUUUUGCAGCAGAUUUGCCCAAUGCAAUAUGUCGUUUGAUUUCUUGACUGCUGCUUCCAUGGACGUUGAUUGUGGAUCCAAGUAAGAUGAAAACCUUGACGACAUCAAUCUUUUCUCCGUUACUUAUUGGUUCAGUUGUGAGGAUUUUUGUUUUCUUUCUGUUGAAGUGUAAUCCAUACUGAAGGCUGUGGUCUUUGAUCUUCAUCAGUAAGUGCUUCAAGUCCUCUUCCCUUUCAGCAAGCAAGGUUGUGUCAUCUGCAUAUGGCAGGUUGUUAAUGAGUCUUCCGCCAAUCCUGAUGCUGCAUGCUUCUUCAUAUAGUCCAGCUUCUCAGACUGUUUGCCCAGCAGACAGACUGAAUAAGCAUGGUGAAAGGAUACAACCCUGAUGCACACCUUUACUGAUUUUAAACAAGUGAAAUGUUUGAAGAGGCACAACCCAGGACAAUUCCAGGAGCACUGCAGUACUUUUCACCAAUUAAGGGCAGAAAGGGAAAUUGUUAACUUAGCUCUGGUGCUUUGGUUUUCAAGAACAUAACCCUUCCCUCACAUUUGACAUCAUGAUACCCAAGUGUACUGAGUAGAGCUCCUGCAGUUGUGCUUGUUACUAGUGAACAGUAACUGACCACUAGUCACUUUAUGCCCCUGAACUAACUCUGGAUCAUACUCUCUGGUUACUGGUGCAAGAGCUGAAAUUCUUUCCAUUACAUCGUGAUGAAGACCGCGUUGCUCUUGGGCCUGCCUGAAACCUCUUGGUGUAAAAACAGUCUGUGUUUUUGUCCACACCAUUCACAUUUCUUCAGUACCCACUGGAUCUUUUGGCUGAAUAAAAGGUCCUAUAUUUGGAGUGGGGUAGGGGGAUGAGGGGUUGGGUAGAGGGUGUAUGGAGGACCUCUUUGCAAUUGGAUUCUGUUCACAAACAGAGGAUACAGAUGGGUUACUAGUGUCAGCCAGGUGCCAACGCUGCUAAUUGUCAUGGGUGGUUUUGGGAAGAUGGCAGCCAGAGGCAGCCCAAGCUGAUGAGCGGCACAGGCCUCCAUUCUUCCGAGGCCUGCGCCCUUCCUGCUGUUAUUCUGGAGGGUUUCAUGUCUGGUUGGCACAGCCCUCCCUUCUCAGUCUGCCCUUUCUGAGUGAAGAGGAGGCACUCUGCACUGAAGAGCAGGUAGUGGCAAAAGCUCAGCGCUGCUUUCCAUCUUAAUCACUUUUCUAACAAGAAUAUAAAUCUCUUUUAAUUAGCUGGUGAUUUCAAUUAAGACUAAUUCACUAAGUAUACCUCUUCUCUAAAAUCAGCUCCAGGUAGCAAUCUGUAAGUAACUAAGAGCAUUGAGAGACACACAUACAAGAAACAUUUAAAAAACGAUGUUUAAAAAACCUCGCUGGAUACAGUAAACCAAACUAAAACCAAAUCCCUCUGAUUUGAUUGAAUUUUUUCAUGGCUGUAUUCUUCCACGGAUUCUUCCAUUUAAUUCUUCCAUGGGUGUAUCCUUCUGUAAACACAGUCACAACAGGAGUUAGAAUUUCCUACCCCUCAGCUGUACCACUUCCCAGGAUUCAUCCAGGCACAAAGUUGGAUUUACAGACGGGCUGACAGCAGGGAAAAGUUGGCCUAUGGAUUGUAACCACAACUUCAAGUUCUGACCUCCUGUAGAUAUUUCACCCUUCCUACAGUCCUUCUACAGUCCUUCAAGGCAAGCAGCUCCAUCUCAUCAGCAAAUGAGGCGUUCUCGAUACGGCGUUGGCAGGUCUCCCUAGACAUCGAUCAUAUAUGGAGGACACUCUGGGGAUUCAUGCAGCAAAUGAAGCAAAUAAGCUUUUCCCUUCUUAUGCCCUGUUUGUAUUUUUCCCUGUGUAACACACUAAUGACGUUUACUCAUUGUACUUGCAGCUCAAUGUGUCUUUGUGGUUCAGAUACUAAAAUGUACCUCUGAGUCAUCGUGGGCCAUGUGGUAGGUUGGACUUUGGUAUAGUUAACUGUCAGGACUCAAAGCAAGAAGCUGGUCUCUUACCUGGACGCUGACCGUGAUAGGAGAUUGUGCCGGUCAUCUGACAAUGACUGUCAGUUUGAGGCUUGUUAAUUUGCAUGUACUACUCUGGGGUCUUGUAUUGGAAUCUUUUUCAAAAAAAAUAAAAUAACAGAUGUUAGUGGUUGCGCGUGUAUGUGCAUGCCUUAUAAGUGAGUCUCAUCAGAUAACAUCACCCUCCCUUCUGUCUUAAUGAUGGACCAUCUUGGUGUUAGAAGAGAGUCCAGCUCCUGUGUUACCUGUCUGUUUAAGACCUCCAGAUAAAAUCAAGGUCACUGGGCUCUGAAAACCAAACCAAACCAAAUACCAAACCCGUUGCCAUUGAGUUGAUUCCGACUCAACACGACCCCAUGUGUUACAGAGUAGAACUGCUCCGUAGGGUUUUCUUGGCUGUCAUCUUAAUGAAAGGUGAUUGUUAGGCCUUUCUUCCGUGGUACCGCUGGGUGGGUUCGAAUCACCAGCUUUAGGUUAGUAGUUGAGCUCAAACCGUUUGCACCACCCAGGGACCUUUUGGGCUCUCAGCAGGGGAUAAAUGUGUGUUCCAGUCCUGCCCUUACCCUCAGUUACUUCUGCAUUAUUGAUUAAAUGUUCUGUUCUAUGCUGCAUUUCCACCCGUUGCAAAUCUGUCCUAUAAGCAGGCCUGUAAGGUAGUUACUUAGGUACUCACCUAUAAGGAAACAGGUUAAGACAGGUAGUCUGGCUGGAGUCACACAGCCAGUUAAGUAGUGGAAUGAUUUAAACCCUGGCCUGCCUGACUCACUUCUCCCUAAGUAGCAAGGAGAGUUUGAUCUGGGUCAGGUACAGUGGGAGUAUUCAAGCACUGUGUUGGCUCAAAGGGCAGUGGAGAAAGGCUGGGUGCUGCUGUGUGGGUUUCUGAUACAUCACUUGGGCCUUUGAAACCAAGAGCUCCUGAGGACCUACGUAGAUUACUGAACUGGGUGGGGAUAAUAAUACUUAGUGCUUACUAUGGACCAGACAGAAUGCUAGGUAUGCAUCAGUUAUUUAAUCCUCCCAAUAACCUCAGUUUACAGAUGAGGAAAUGAGUGUGGUGAAGAUAAACUUGCUUAGGGUUACACCACUGGAAUUCUAGGCCAGGUCUGUUUGACUCAAAACCCAGGCUGCCCUAACCUGCCUUGUAUAUGGACAUUGAUGUUUCUAGCGUGGGAUGGAAUGUUUCAACCGUAGCACAUCCCUCCUGUGGGCUUUAAGAUUAAAAGCUCUUCUGCCUAAAACUUAAGUAGCAUAGCCCAAUUUGAAAGGACUUUAGAACCGACUUCUGGUUUCAAAGAGACAUACAGAGUUUGGAAGUCAUCACCUCCCGUCCUCACAACAAGAGAAAACUGAAAACCCCUGCCUUUUCUUGAAUCCAUCAGAGGACUGACAUAGCAGGACAAACUGCCAUCCUGAAAUCUGGAGAGGCAAUUGAAUCCAGAAAGUGACAGCCAAGAUCUGCUUACCUGGAGCAGAAGCUGCUGGAACCAGAAACUGGUAGGAGCACUCAAUGGUAAUUUUGAGGAAUUGCUGCAGGCUGAGUGUGAACUCGCAUGAGAGUGAGGAACUCCCAGGCCCACAGUUUAAGGAACCCCACACUUUGAUGAGUUUUACCCUCAGGAACCCCCCACCGGGUUUUCAGGGUGAAGAGCUGAGAAAGAUCCUCUCAGGGCUCUGGUAAGGGGAGGGGAAGAUUUGCUGUUAGUUGCCAUAGAAUAAGCUCCAAUUCGUGGUGACUGUAUAUGUAACAGAAUGUGACACACAUUGCCUGGUCCUGCCUCAUCUUCAUGGUCAUUGGGAUGUUUGAGUUCAAUUGUUGCAGCUAUUGGGUCAGUCCAUCUCAUUGGCGGUUUUCCUUGUUUUUGCUGACCCUACCAAACAUGAUGUCUUUUUCUAGUGAUUGGGCUUUUUUGAUGACAUUUCCAAAAUAAGUGAGCCAAAGUCUCACUAUCCUUGCUUCUAAGGAGCAUUCUGGUUAUGUUUCUUAUAAGACUGAUCUGUCCAUUCUUCUCGCAGUCAAGUGUAUUCAAUAUUCUUUACCAACAUGGGACUUUGUAUGCAUCAAUUCUUUUUCUGUCUUCCUUUUUCAUCGUCCAGCUUUUGCAUGCGUAUGGGGGUGAUUUAAAAGACCCGAGGCUUGGGUCUGAUACACCUCAGUCAUCAAAGUGGUAUCUUUGCUUUUUAAAAUGUUAAAGAGGCUUUUUGCAGCAGAUUUGCCUAAAAUAGGGAAAAAGUUAAGCAAUGCUUAAGUCACAGCCCAAAGACACAGGCCCACUAAAAGGUGGGAGAUUUAAUCAUAAGAUUAUAGAAUGCUUCCCCUUCCCCACACUUUACCACCACACCAGUGGGGCUCCAGUAUAAUAAUAGAUUACAGCUGAAAGAGCUGCAAGGCGCAGAUUCUCCAAGAGGGUAUCUAGGGAAACCCAAAAUUAAGAGGGGAGAAACAAACAAGGAUGCUACAGGAAUCUGAAGCCUCCGACACCUACACCUACAGCAAACAUUUAACAAGCCCAGUUCCUAGCCAGAUUAACAGAAAUUCUCACACUAGAGGGCUAUUUACCUCAAGUCCUAUUACCUGAUGAUACAAGUAAUAUCGUCUGGGUUUCAACAAAAGAUUAACGAAUGUGCUGAAAGGCAAGAAAAAACAGUGUGAUGAGGCAAAACAAGCAUCAGAACCAGAUUCAAAUGUUGGUACAGAUGUUAGAACAAUCCAAUAAGAAAUUUAAAAUAACUGAUUAAUACAUUAAAGGCUCUGAUAGAAAGAGUAAGCAACAUGUAAGAACAGAUGGGUGAUGGGAGCAGAGACAUGGAAAUGCCGAGAAAGAGUCAAAGCAAACUCUGGAAAUCAGAAACACUAACAGAAAUGAAGAAUGCUUAGUUUCUUAGUGUUGCUGUAACAGAAACACCACAGUGGCUUUAACGAACAGAAAUUUAUUUUCUCACAGUUUAGGAGUCUGGAAGUCUGACCUUAGGGCACAGGCUUUAGGGGAAGGCUUUCUCUCUGUCUGCUCUUGAGGGAAGGUCUUUGUUUCUUUUCAGCUUCUCUUCCUCGGCUCCUUGGCAAUCUUCAUGUGGCGUGGCAUCUGUCUUCCCCGUCUGUUCUUGCUUGCUUCUGUGCCUGAUCUGCCUCAUUAGCAUAACAAAGAAAACCCUAUUCCCAAAUGGGGUUAUGCCCACAGGUAUAGGGGUUAAGAUUUACAGCAUAUUAUGGGGGAACACAAUUCAACCCAUAACAGAUGCCUUUGAUGGGCUCAUCAGUAGACUGGGAAAGACUGAGGAAAUAAUUAGUCAACAUAGAGAUAUAUCAAUAGAAACUUCCCUAACUGAAAUGCAAAGAGAAAAAAAAAAAAAAAACCACGGGAUAAAACAAACAACAUUCAAGCACUGUGGGACAAUUUUAAAAGAUGUAACAUACGUGUAAUGGGAAUACCAGAAGAAGGAAAAAAAAAAUUGAAGUAAUAAUGGCCAACAACUUUACAAAAUUAAUGACAGACACCAAACCACAGAUCCAGGAAGGUCAGGAUAAAUACAAAAAAAAAAAACAAAAAAAAACACUAAACCUAGGUAUAUCAUAUUCAAACUGCAUAAACCAAAGACCAAGAGAAAAUACUGAAAAAAAUCAGAGCAAAAACUCACCUACAGAGAAAAACAGGGGUAAGAAUUACAGAUUUCUCCGUCAGAAGCCAUGCAAGCAAGAAGAGAAUGGAGUAAAAUAUCUAAAGUGUUAAAAAAAAAUCACCAACCUAGAAUUACGUAUCUUAUGAAAUUAUCUUUCAGAUUGAAGAAAUAAAAACUUUCUCAGACAAGAGUACUUAAGAAAUGCAUUUCAUCCCCCUUUUGCUUACCACAUAACUGAGGUCCAGAGCUGUUAAGUGACUAAACUAAGAAGGAGUAGAUCCCAAACCAUUUUUUUUCUUUUUGCAAGUCAGCUUAUUUUUAGUUAAUGAUAGAAAUUUGCAAUUCAAACCCUGGAGAAGUUGAGAAAGGAAAGUUGACUUAUUUGAGGUUGAAUAGCAAUUUUUCAGCAGACUUGGUAUCUGAGCUCAGGUCUCCUGAUUUAGUUUCUUUCCACUGUAUUGUCUGACUGAGCUUGCACCUAUUUAAAAAGAUUUUCAUGUGUGGGUGUGUGUGUGUGUGGGUGGCGGGGGGUGGGAUUACUAACUUAAAAGUGUGAAAACCCAUACUUCCAGGAAAAGGGAGUUCUAUAGGGUGGCUAUAGGGUUUUGUUUUUAUAGGGUGGCUAGGAGCCCUGGCGGCACAGUGGUUAAGUGCUGACUGCUAACCAAAAGGUCGCCGUGGGAGAAAGAUGUGGCAGUCUCUUCUAUAAAGAUUACAGCCUUACAUCCCACUUUGAAGAGUGGCUUCUGGGGUCUUAAACGCUAGCAAGCAGCCAUCUAAGAUGCAUCAAUUGGUCUCAAUCCACUUGGAUCAAGGGAGAAUGAAGAACACCAAGGACACAAGGCGAUUAUGAGCUUAAGAGACAGAAAGGGCCACAUGAACCAGAGACUGCAUCAUCCUGAGACCAGAAGAACUAAAUGGUGCCUGGCUACAACCGAUGACUGCCCUGACAGGGAACAGAACAGAGAACCCCUGAGGGAGCAGGAGAGCAGUGGGAUGCAGACCCCAAAUUCUCAUAAGACCAGACUUAAUGGUCUGACUGAGACUAGAAGGACCCCGGUGGUCAUGGCCCCCAGACCUUCUGUUGGCCCAGGACAGGAAUCAUUCCCGAAGCCAACUCUUCAGGCAUCUAUUGGACUGGACAAUGGGUUGGAGAGGGAUGCUGGUGAGGAGUGAGCUUCUUGGAUCAGGUGGACACUUGAGACUAUGUUGGCAUCUCCUGCCUGGAGGGGAGAUGAGAGGGUGGAGGGGGUUAGAAGCUGGGGACAUGAACACAAAAAGAGAGAGUGGAUGGAGACUGUGGGCUGCCUUAUUAGGGGGAGAGUAACUGGGAGUGUGUACAAGGUGUAUAUGGGUUUUGUGUGGGAGACUGACUUGAUUUGUAAACUUUCACUUAAAGCACAAUAAAAAUUAUAUAAAAAAAAGAUUACAGCCUUAGAAACCCUAUGGGGUAGUUUUACUCUGUCCUAUAGGGUCGUUAUGAGUUAGAAUCGACUGGAUUCUGUUGAAUUUCUGUCCUAGUCAUUGGGUUUGGUGGCUUUACAGGGUAGCUGAGCCAGCAUCACUUCGCGGCAAUGGGUGCGGUAAAGCGAAGGUGUUCACG